ACCAUGGUAAGGGGAAGAAAUCUUACAGAAAUCUCCCAUUUUAUCCUCUUGGGAUUCUCAGAUUUGCCUAGACUCUUAACAGUGCUCUUCACUGUGUUCCUAUUGAUUUAUAUUACCACCGUGACUUUGAACCUGUGCCUGAUUAUAUUAAUAAGGAUGGACUCCCAACUCCACACACCCAUGUACUUCUUCCUCAGUAACCUAUCCUUCAUCGACAUCUGCUAUGUGACCACGACAGUUCCCAAGAUGCUCUCCGGCUUCUAUCAAGAACAACUAACUGUCACUGUUGUGGGUUGUGCUGUUCAGUACUUUUUCUUUGCGUUGAUGGGACUCAGUGAGUCUUGUGUCAUGACAGCCAUGGCUUAUGACCGCUAUGCUGCCAUUUGUAACCCACUUCUCUACUCAUCCAUCAUGUCACCCACCCUUUGCGUGUGGAUGGUGUUGGGAUGCUAUCUGGCUGCAUUCUCAGGUUCUAUAGCACAAUUGAGUGCCAUACUCCGGCUCUACUUCUGCGGGCCUAAUGUCAUCCAUCACUUCUUCUGUGACAUUCCGCAACUCUUAAACUUGUCCUGCAAUGAUGCUUUCAUUUCACGAGUCAUACUGGCUAUAGUAACAAUGAUCUAUGGGGUAACAAAUGCCCUGCUUAUCAUGGUAUCCUAUGUCUAUAUUGUCCUCUCUAUUCUGAAGAUCACUUCAGCUAAAGGUAGAUCCAAGGCUUUCAACACCUGUGCUUCUCACCUGACAGCUGUCAGCCUCUUCUAUGUCUCAAGUGUUGUCAUUUACCUGAGUUCUGGUGCUGGAAGCUCUUCGACCGUUGACAGAUUUGGAUCCGUGUUCUACGCAGUGUUGAUCCCCAUGAUGAAUCCUUUGAUUUAUAGUCUGAGGAAUAAGGAAAUUAAAGAUGCCUUAAAGAAGCUUCCAAGGAAGAGAGGGCAUUGUUGA